AUGCGUCCAGUUGUGGCCAACUCCAGUCCAGUUGUGGCCAACUCCAGUCCAGAUGUGGCCAACUCCAGUCCAGUUGUGGCCAACUCCAGUCCAGUUGUGGCCAACUCCAGUCCAGUUGUGGCCAACUCCAGUCCAGAUGUGGCCAACUCCAGUCCAGUUGUGGCCAACUCCAGUCCAGUUGUGGCCAACUCCAGUCCAGAUGUGACCAUCUUUUUUUAUUAUCUGACUUCCUUUACUCCAUUUCUUACUGUAUUGCUUUCUUCUUUCUUUCUUUCUUUCUUUCUUUCUCUCUUUCUUUUUUCUUUCUCUCUUUCUUUUUUGUUUCUUUUCAGUUUUUCUUUCCAGUCAUUGUUUAUGUCAUGCUUUACUAUUUUCUUUCUUUCUUUCUUUCUUUCAUUCUUUCUUUCCUUCUUUCUUUCUUUCAUUAAUUCUUUCUUUCUUUCUUCGUGCUUUUUUCAUUAUUAUCUGUCCUUCUAUACUCCAUUUCUUACUGUUUUCCUUUUUCUUUUCUUUCUUUCUUUCUCUCUCUCUUUCAUUUAUUUCUUUCUUUCUUUUCAGUUUUUCUUUUCAAUUUUUCUUUAUGUCACGCCUAUUUUCUUUCUUUCAUUCAUUCAUUUUUUCUUUCUUUCAUUCAAUCAUUCUUUCUUUCUUUCAUUCAUUCAUUCUGUCUUUCUUUCAUCUUUCUUUCCUUCUUGCUUUCUUUCAUCUUUCUUUCUUUCUUUCUUUCUUCGUGCUUUUUUCUUUAUUAUCUGUCUUUCUUUACUCCAUUUCUUACUGUUUUUCUUUUCCUAUUUUUUCUUUCUGUCUGUCUGUCUGUCUGUCUUUCUUUCUUUCUGUCUUUCUUUCUUUCUUCGUACUUUUUUCAUUAUUAUCUGUCCUUCUAUACUCCAUUUCUUACUGUUUCCUUUUUCUUUUCUUUCUUUCUUUCUUUCUCUCUCUCUCUUUCUUUUAUUUCUUUCUUUCUUUUCAGUUUUUCUUUUCAGUCUUUCUUUAUGUCACGCCUUCUUUCUUUCUUUCAUCUUUCUUUCUUUCUUUCUUCGUGCUUUUUUCUUUAUUAUCUGUCUUUCUUUACUCCAUUUCUUACUGUUUUUCUUUUUCUUUAUUUCUUUCUUUCUUUCUUUCUUUCUUUCUUUCUUUCUUUCUUUCUUCGUGCUUCUUUCCUUUAUUUUCUUCAUUUCUUUUUCCUUUCUAUUUCUCUCUCUCUCUCUCUCUCUCUCUCUCUCUCUCUAUUUAUAUAUAUAUAUAUAUAUAUAUAUAUUUAUAUCUAUCUAUCUAUCUAUCUAUCUAUCUAAUUCUCUCUCACUCCACUAUCUAUCUAUCUAUCUAUCUAUCUAUCUAACUCUCUCUCACCCUACUCUCUCUCUCUCGCUAUAUCUAUCUAUCUAUCUAUCUAUCUAUCUAUCUAUCUCUACUCCACUUUCUCUCUCUCGCUAUCUACCUAAUUCUCUCUUAUCCCACUCUCUCUCUCUCUCUCGCUCCAUCCAUCUAUCUAUCUAUCUAUCUAUCUAUCUAUCUAUCUAUCUAUCUAUCUAA